AUGGACAAUAAAUCUACUACCACCAAAGUACCUGGAACUGCUGAAACAUCUCGGAGCGCUUUUUCCAUGUUUCGUGCAUUCACGCGCAAGAAUAAAGCGCGUCGACGUCGACGCGACAAGUCCGUGGUGCUCAAGUACAGUCAAAACAGACUGAAGAAGCCACAGUUUGGAUAUGACUGCGACGUUGCCAAAGAAUUGCUCCAUCGGACCCGAAACUUGCGGUACACGAGUAAGUUUCCAGGUAACAUGGCUCAUGUGAUGCUGCAAGCACUUCAGCCAACAUGGACCAACUUUUUAGAAGAAUAUGGCAUGUGCAACAAAAACUUAUCGCAGGUAAACCGACCUAUGUGCUUUAACGGACUUGGGUUUAUGGCGCCUCCACAUUCUCGAAACGAAUCACGCAGAAAUUAUCAUGUGCGGCGGUUCUUGGAAAAUGAUUUUUGGCUGGAACCAAAGCAGGUGUAUAAGAUGGCCAAGGAGGUUAUUAAAACAUAUAAUGUGUCGUCAUUUACAGUGUCCUUAAUUAACCGUGCUCACCAGGUUGUGAAGUUGUCAAUUAAUCACGGCAUGGCUAAAGUGCCACGAAACGUGUCGUUGGAUGGUCAUGCGGUACUAUCCAAGGGCAAUUUUACUGUGCUUGAUACAGAAAAUGACUGGCGGUUUGCAUUCAAUCCGCUGACUUAUGGGCCACCCUUUAUUCACUUUUAUCUAUCAGUGCCACUUGUUAUGGAUGGCGUCAAUAUAGGUGUUGUUGCUGUUUAUGACUCAAAUAAGAGAACAGUGAUGCCUUCAGGUUUGGUGGAAAAACUCACUGAAAUUUCCAAGUAUAUUCAAAGAAAUUUAAUAACAGCAUUAAAUGAAAUGCUGGAGUUGGAAAAAACAAGAGCUCCGCAACUUAUGAUUACCGAAAGGUUUCCCAAAAUUGAUUCCAAACUUGCCAAAAAGAUUCGCGAUAACUAUACCCCUGGGACUGGACCAAGUCUCAAGUCGUUGAAUUUUAGUGAUCCGGUUAUCAAGACUAAUGAGAUGGUGGCUAAAUUGAUGAGCUGCAAAACAACACGCGAAGCAAUGACGGAAGCAUGUCGGCUAGUAGUGGAGCGGGCCAAGCUUGAUUUUGCCUAUCUCGUUGAGAUUCGCAUCAACAGUACCUAUGAUGUGCCUAAAUUGGACAUGGCCCGGUACCCUCGUGGUGUUUUGUGCCGCGAAGUUAAAAAUUGCAAAAAGAUUUUGGGCAAAAAGUUACGAGGAAGCGUCCACAUUCGGAUUUUAGGAAGUCAUGGAAUUAAUGCGAAUUCGCUCGAGUUGGAUGAAAAUGUGCAUCGUGCGGCUCUUGAUUCAAUUUAUGGGGUUGCUUUUUCUUUGAAGAAUGGAUGUAAAGCUGGUGUUUAUGUUCCUUUUCAAAAGACAGAGCCGCGACUUGUUUUUGAUCCAACAGCUUUGUUUACAAUGCCUCCCGACGAGCCUUUUGAGUUGAGAGAUGGAACAGUAACAACUCUACGUAAGUAUGAUGCAAAUUACCAUUUGCGCCGGACUUUGUAUAAAGGCGCGCGCUUUAGUCAUUUGAUGAGCGUUACCGAAAAUAACGUGUUGCUACCACAAGACUUGAUGCCAAUCAAGAAAAGACAAAGACCUGUGAAUGAACAACUAAGCGGAGUUGCAAGUGCAGUUAAUGGGAAUGCCGAAAUGUUGUCGCGGCUCAAUUUGAAUGACAUGAGCACGCCAGAGUCACAGGUAAGUAAUGAUUUUGGAAAUGGAAUCACGCUCAAGGAGGUGUCGUUGGAUGGUAGUCGUGUUGGAAUAGGGAGCGGUGAAAGCAGUGUUUUGAGCGAUGUUCAGAUGGGACAAGAAGACCGGGAGCAAGAUUAUGAGGAUGAAGACGAUGAAAGUAGUUCAUUACACAAACGGAGUUUUCUCAAGGUAAGUAAAAGAUAUGGUGGGUUUAUGCUUGGUGGAUUUAGCAAAGAAGCCCGAAGUUUUUCAGUGGAAGAUUUGGAGUAUCUUAAGGCCUGUGUGAACGCAAUUGAUGGCGUAUUUGGAUUUUAUCAAGGCGGCGCAAUGCUUGAAAAGUAUCAUAACGAAGAUGGACCCAUAGUUUAA